UCUGUCUGUCUGUCUCUCUCUCCAUAGAAGAAGAAGAAGAAGAAGAAGAAGAGGAAGAAGAAUAGAAUAAAAAUCUAUUGCAGUUUGCAGAAGCAUCAGCACCUGAUUCCUAAUUAGAAAAAUUUAAUACCCCCAUUAAAUCGUUGAUUAAUUAUUAUUUAUUGAUUUCACCUUUAUUAUCUUAUCCUCUCAAUUCUCUUCUCAUCCAGAAUAAAUUCUUUUUUUUUUUUUUUUUCAAAAAAAUUGUUGAUCAAAAAGUGGAAGUGGAAGUGGCAGUGGGCAACCAAAUUUGUUGAAAAUGAUGGUGCUGUUUCUAUGGUUGAUGGUGUUCGUUGUUGGGUUUGCGGUUGGGGCGCUGACCAUUUUGGGCGCAGAAGCAGUUGGAGUGUAUGUCUUCAUAAACCGUUUGAAUAAGAAGAACCUUAAAAAACAAGCUCAGAUAUCACAACACUCAUCCCGCGACCUUGAUCUCCUCCAAUCUCUCCAUUUUGCUUCUAACAAAAAGGGAGCAGUAUGGGUUCUGGAAUCAGAAAAGGUUUCAAAAAAUUUGCUGGACAAAGGACCAAAGGAGCAAAAGAGAAAGAAAGAUUUCUUGGAGGUUUCCCCUGUUAAAAAGUACGCAAAAAUCAAGGACCGAAAACUUAUUCUGGUUGAAUCGGAUGGUUCCCAAAUUGCUAUUGAGCUUAAGGGAUGCAUAGUUGAAGCUGUUUCAGCAACAAGCUUAUCUUCAAGAAAAUGGGCCAAAAGGUUUCCCAUAAAAUUGGAAAGCAAGAGCUCGGUAAUUUACAAUGGAAGUAAAACUUUGUACUUUUAUCUUGAGACUUCUUGGGAGAAGGAAUCAUGGUGUAAGGCCCUCCGUCUAGCUUCAUGUGACAAGAAAGAAAGACUUGAUUGGUUUUCCAAGUUGCAGAAGGAGUUUCAUAAUUACUUAACAAACAUAAAUGCAGAAUAUCCUUCAUUUAUGAAACCCUCGAUAGGGUUCUCUUCUGAGACAGUAGAUCGGACAAAUAGGCCUGAUGGAACUUCCUCAAAGGUUAGGCUAUUUUUGAAGAAAAUUGCAAAGAAGACUCGGGUUGGUCAAGAAAAUAAGCCAACUUUGUCUUCAUUAUCAGGCCAUGUAGAGAGAAGGGAAAGUGAGAAAAUUCGUCCGUUCCAAGAGACAGUAUCAGCCACUGGCUUGGUGAAUGGUGCUCCAUCAGUAAAGGGAUCUAAUAGUGAAGAAAAUAUGGUUGAAUCAUCAUCAUUAUCAACAAUUUCAGAUUCUGGAAGCCAAAGUCAUAUUUCUGUCAUCUCUGACGUAGAUUCUGAUGACAAGUUUUGUAAUGAUGAGGGCACACUCUGUUGGAAUUUGUUAAUUUCACGGUUCUUUUUUGAUUUGAAAAGCAAUUCAGAGAUGAAAAAAUCCAUACAAUCACGGGUUCAGAGAACACUUUCCAAUAUGAGAACCCCCAGUUACAUAGGUGAUGUCAUCUGCACUGACAUCGAUCUUGGGAAUCUCCCACCUCAUAUUCAUGGCAUGAGGAUUCUUCCAAUGGACAUGAAUGAGGUAUGGAUGUUAGAAGUUGACAUUGAAUACUCUGGUGGCGCAGUAUUAGACAUUGAAACAAGACUUGAAGUUCAUGAAUUAGAUUUACAGAAGGGCGUAGUGGAUUCAGAUACAGGAUCAGGCUCUGUUGGGGAUGUGUCAUCAGAUCUUCUUGAAGGUUUCGAGUAUUUUGGAAAGCAGUUGAAUCUUUCUGAAGGAACAGUAGAUGAGCGAAAGGAGGAAGAUGGAUUAAAAAGCGGCAAGAGCACUGUACCAGCAUCAACUCAAGGUUCCAGGUGGAAGUCUAUUCUGAGUGCUAUUGCUAGACAGGUUUCACAGGUGCCUCUCUCUUUGGCCAUAAGGGUAACAUCCCUACGAGGAACGCUGCGGUUACAUAUAAAGCCACCUCCUUCUGAUCAGCUAUGGUAUGCUUUUACAUGUAUGCCUAAUAUAGAUUUUAACCUGGAGUCUUCUGUAGGAGAACACAAGAUAACAAAUGGCCAUAUUGCUUUAUUCUUGGUCAAUCGGCUAAAGGCAGCAAUUAAGGAAAGCCUAGUGCUUCCAAACAGUGAAAGUGUAUGCAUGCCCUGGAUGAUAUCAGAAAAGGAUGACUGGGUACCAAGGAAGGUUGCUCCAUUCUUAUGGCUUAACCAAGAAGUGAAUAAUGGCCCCACCACCGUGCGUGAAUCAAUCAGCUCCCACCCCAGUGAAGGAAAAACCAAGACUGAAGCUAGCAAGGGAACCUCUAGUGAUCCCGAAAGUAAGCAUCAAAAACCCAAGAGUCCUACAUCCACCAGUGAAUCCUCUGAUGGAUUAGCAAUUUCGACAAGUUCCACUAAUUUGUUAUCACAUAGCAGAACCCUUCAAGAAUUGAGCACCCCUUUGCUGGGGAAUGAUGAACCACAAGAAAGUUGCAAGCAGGCAGAGGAAUCGCCAUCUAGCUCUAUGAUUUUAUUUGAGAAACAGGACAGUACUACUGAUGAUGAUGAUUUGAAGCCAAGGAGAAUGGGGAGAAGAGCAAGGAUGUUUGAUUUAGGGAAGAAGGUGGGUGAGAAAUUUGAGGAAAAGAGGCGUCACAUUGAAGAAAAGGGCAGGCACAUUGUUGAGAAGAUGCGAGGACCAUGAAAUAACCAGAUCAAGGAGAGACUGCUCCUUGUAACUUAUGGAAUUGGCAGCAAAUACCAUUGUUCAAUGGAUGAAUGUCAGGUAUCAGGUAUUUGUUGCUUUGAUGGAAAUUAGUUUCUAACAUCCCUUGAAUAUAGAAGUUCCAUCUAUGAUUCUUGCUUGCAGGACUAGGAUUGUUGUAUAUGGAUCCUGCAGAUGUUUCAACUACUGAUUAGGUCCUAUUGUAAUGCAGAAUAAAAUAGGAAUAUAGUAGAGAAAUAUUACAUAAGCAUAUAUGGCUUUACUUUGUAAGGAAUAGAUCUUUGACGUGAAAUAUGAAUAUACGUUCAGAGUUAUUCCUCUCAAAAAAUGACCUUCAAUCUUAUAGAUCAUUGAGACCUGCACUAUAUACCAAAACAAAGUUUCUUGUAUUGUUGCAUAACCAUUUUAGGUCCUUUUGGCAGUC